UGGUAUAAUCACAUAAAAACUUCCCCCAUAGAAAAUGUAUGGAGGAGUUAUUUACACACAAAAUCGUCAAUUUUAACCCGAAUUUCAUGCGGUUUUCACCAAAAUCUCGCAAUUUUCCACUUUAAUGAACAAUUAUACACGAAAUAAACGCAUUCUGUAUAAUAUUUUCACAAAAUUUUCGCCAAAUUUGCGGAGCGCACGGACAACACGUCUGAAGUGCCCGACUGCUCGAACGUCCACACACACAUGGUAGCGAUUAGUGGUGCAUGAACGAAAUGUCGGCACAAGUGCCAUCUAGCCAUAUUAGCAGAAAUAUUGGCGAUUCGUUGGAUACCGCCUGAGUUAUGGGGCAAAGUUGGGUAAAAAAUGAGGAAAAUUUUACGGUUUCACAAACAGCGUAUGGAACUUGGUUCCUCGAUGAAUAAAUCACUUUUCACUAUGCGAAGACCUCCUUACAAUUUAAGGCUAAAGUCUGAAACACGACCCCCCCCCCACUCACGGUCACUCAUCUGCGUGUCAAUUUUUCGUACAGGGUGGUUCGGAGACUAUCAAAUGUGGCCUGAAUUUGAUUUUUUUUUACAAUUACUAUUAAAUUGUAAGGAGGUUUUCGCAUAGUGAAAAGUGAUUUAUUCAUCGAGGAACCAAGUUCCAUACGCUGUUUGUGAAACCGUAAAAUUUUCCUCAUUUUUGGCCCAACUUUGCCCCAUAGCUCCGCCGGUAUCCGAGAUAUCGCCAAACUUUCUUCUGGCCAUGGCUAGAUGGCACUUGUGGCUACAUUUCGUCCAUGCACCACUAAUCGCUACCAUGUCUGUGGCCGGAGCUAUUCGCGAAAGCUCCAACGGAUCGCCAAUCUUUGACCUGUGGUCGAUAGAUGGCACCAAUUGCUACAUUUUCUUCUUCGACGGCCAUGCCCUCAGGUGUCUGUGUCUCGAAACAUAAUUAAAAAACACGCAACCGAUUUCGAACCACCCUGCACGAAAAAAAGUCACUCAAAUGAGUGCCCGUGAGUGGGGGGGUCGUGUUUCAGACUUUAGCCCUCUUUUGUUCUUUGCGUGCGUCUGUGUCCCAUCAUAUCCAAUCAGUGUAUUGUGGUGCCUAUUGAAGAUAAUCUUUUUAUUUUGCUGUGUAUUUGAUAUCCUUACAUGAUCCGGUCUUGAACUCCAACGUGUUUAAAGUAAAGCAUUCGUUCGAUGUGUUUCUUCCCUCGGCUACGCGGCCUCGCUACAAAUACAACGUUAAUAUCGUUUCAUAAAGCAAAGAUUCAACAAAACGACAAAUGGAAAAGUGAGUUAGUGAAAACAUUUUGAUUACAAGAUAUGAAAAUUGAUGGUUUUCGUUCGUUUUUCUUAUAUGUUUAGCGCAAAACGACCAAAAUUGAUGAUGAAAAGGGCGAAUGGGAAAAAUGUUUUGGUGGCGUUGAACCCGGCAAAUAUUGGUUAGUUUCCACAUUGCUUCAGUGAAAAAAUAAUCAUUUUUAUGAGGCUGAUUAAUAAUAUUAUCAUUAUUAUCUAUGUUGUAUUUCACAGAUUCAACUCCACGUUCUACAACGUCAAUAUUGCGUGAGGAGUUGGUACAAGAACUAACGCCAUCGCUUCCUUCUACCGUGAUUCCUACCCGGCUCAAUCCUACCCACGCUCCUACUUCCUAUCCGGCUCAAUCUUAUUCUAGCCAAAAUAGGCCCAAGGAGAACAUUAAAGUUAUUUCCAACAUAGUAGUACAAUCUGCAAAAUCUUCAACCCCACGUGCUGCAAAUUUGAUUGUGAAUGAGCAGCUGGUGGAAGAAAUCUCGGCUUCGAAUGAAUCAAUUACAGCUCCGCAUAAUUCCAUAACGGCUCCAUCAUCCACACAAGAUAACAAUAUUGUUACUAAAACUCGGCAAAGUUCAGCAAAAUGCGGAAAGACCAUUACUAAUUCAAGUGGUACACAAACGGAAACUGCUGCCGAAGAAAAUACUUCCUUACAUGUCCUGUUGAAUAAACUAAACGAAAUACAAAGGGAGCAACAGCACACAAACAAAAAGCUGAAAGAUAUGGAGAAACAGAUCAAACUGCUUCGCUCGGAAUUGGAUAUUGUGGCCGACAAAGUUGUACCUAGUGUUGGUAUUGUGCGAGCAAGCAGUUUCGAUUUCGAGCCUGUAGCAACAAAAGAUGAGCUAAAUUAUCUGGAGGAAAAGUUAGGCGAACAAGAAUUCACACAAAAGUUGAAAAAUUUCGUCGAUGCCCGCCUUCCUUCGGACAGUGUUGAAGCACGUUUACACGCCCAGUGCGCAUAA